AAAGCAUUUUUAUUCCACUGCAACUUCUCUAUUCAAAUCCUGCGGAAAAGAAAUUCAAAAAAAAAAAAGAAAAAGAAAAAGAAAAAAAAUCUUUCAAUCUUACUCUGAAUUUCGUUUUUUUUUAUUGUGACUAAAAAGAGAAAUUCAAAUGUCGGAUUCGCAGCCGGAUUCGAACGUUUUCAGCGUUCGAAUCGUGUCCAUCGAUCAUUACAUGGCACCGCCCAUCUCCGGCUACGAUAUUUGCUAUAGUAGCUUUCAAGGUGAAAGAGUGAAUGAAGUUCCGGUUAUAAGAAUUUAUGGUUCAUCACCGGCUGGUCAGAAGACUUGUUUGCAUAUUCAUAGAGCUUUGCCUUAUUUAUAUGUUCCAUUGGCGGAUAUAUUACCUCAGGGCUCUCAUACACACCAAGAAGAUCACGCAUGCGCAGAUGCCUUAGCACUUGCCUUAGAGAAAGCCUUGAAGCUUAAAGGUGGUGCUGGUUCGAAACGGCAGCGUGUGCAUGGUUGCAGCCUUGUACGAGCAAAGAAGUUUUAUGGUUAUCAUUCAUCUGAGGAGCUAUUUGUGAAGAUUUAUCUCUACUAUCCACAUGAUGUCUCUCGUGCAGCCAAUCUUCUUUUGGCAGGUGCUGUUCUGGAUAAAAGUUUGCAGCCUCAUGAAUCACACAUUCCGUUUAUUCUUCAGUUUCUUGUUGAUUAUAACUUGUACGGGAUGGGUCAUCUUCAUUUAUCAAGGAUGAAGUUUCGUAAUCCAAUACCUGAUCUUUUCCAUCCCAGAAAAAUGAAUAAUUGUGGCCAACAUGGGCAGAAGAUGGAUGAAUUUACCUUGAAGGCUGCUGGUUUUCAGGCAGAUUCAAGUUAUGAUGCGUGCAUAAGUUCUCCAGUUUGGAUAUCUUCCACAAUUCCAGGUGAAUGGAUGUGGCACGUUUCAACUGAACUUGAUGUGUCAUCAGAUCUAGACAUUUGCCAUGUUAAACGUCAAAGUUUAUGUGAACUUGAGGGAGAUGCUACCCUAGAUGACAUUCUUAACCAGCAAUUCAAAUUAUAUACAUCUUUAUCCCAAACCUGUUCCGAUCUGAAAAUGGUUCAGUCACUUAUUCCAAUUUGGGAGGAAGAGCAUGAAAGGACAGGGAUGCAUGAGAUGGCUCUACCUUCUUACCCUGACAGGCCACUCUCAGAAGAUGUUUUGAAAGCUCUCUCACUUGGCCUUGGAUUUGAGAAUGAACUAAUGAAAUUGUGCAGCAAAGUUGAAGAAACUUUGUCUUGCAAUGAAUUGGGAUUUGAACAGUCAGUCAUGCCAUCAGCCAAUGAAGAAAAUUUGGUUGGACCUACACAUAUCAAUUUGAAUCAUACUGUUCCACAAGCUCUGAGUUGCUUGAAAGAAAAAAACCUGCUUGGGUCUCUGUUACAACAUUGUAAGCCAUGUGAAAAAGAGAUGAAUGCUGCAUCAUCUGAAAAAAAAGAUGUUUGUCCUGAACUUUGGUCUGUUGGUGAAAUACUAUCAUCACAAACAGUAAUAACGUCUGACCCAAAGGCUACAGAUACCGAAGCUUUGGGGCUAUUAAAAUGGCUUGCCAAUUCUCACGCUGCUGAUGAUAUAAACUCAGAUGAUGAACUUGUUCGUGAGACUAUAUUGACUCCUUUGUUGCCUGCAACAACCAUUGAUAAGGUGCUAGAGAAAGCCAGUAUUGAUUAUGAGAGUGAGUCACAGAAAGAAUGUCAGGAUAUUCUUGAUUCGGUUAGGGAUUUAAUUGAUUUUGAGGGUCUGAAGGAAAGAAAUUCUCAUUCUUGUGAUCAUAUUCAAAUCUCAUCAGGCAAACAUAUUCCCCAAACAGAUGGUUCCAGUGAUGAGCUAGGUAUAUCACCUUCUGCAGGAUCAGUUGCAAAUUCAUCAAAAGCAGACAUGAAAACUGAAUUGAAGAGGUCCUCCCAGGAUACCGGUAAAACAUUUAGUACCAAGCGCAAAAGAAAAAAACUUUUAUGGGGUUCUUUACCUCUUUCUGUGACUGGGAAGGGGAAGGAUAACUCUGAUAGUGUCAGUUUCAACAUAACUGAAGGAUGUGCUGAUGAAAUUAAAGAAUGUUUAGGUACAAGUUUUUCAGCUGAAAAUGAUUUGGGAAAAGCUUCUGAUCCUUUAAAUGAAAAUGCACAUGCCAGUGACUGUGAUAAACCAGAAGCAGGUACAUUGGUUGAAUGCUCUGUGCGGGACUUGAUGAGAAGAAAGCGAAGCCACCGAAUUGAACUAGCUGAUUGUGGGUCUGUUAGGAGUGAAAAUAUUCAUUUGAAGACGGAAAAGGGAACAGAUAGUUUCUUUUGCCCAAAACAAUUGAAUUUUCAUGGGUUACAUGAUGAGCUUGACAAGAAGGACCCUGGAUCUCUCAACCAUAGUCCAUCACUUGCCAAUGAACAAAAGGAAUUUCCUGAAGCUGUUGGUUUGAAGCCUACCCAUUCUGAUUCGGUGUAUUGUACUCUACCCCAAUUAUCUGGCAUUUCUAAUCCAGCACAGGCUAACACAGGCCAUCGUGAACAAAUGGGGAAGAAGUUAGUGUUGAACUUUUACCCCAAGAAGCAUGACUCUGCAAUUUCCAUUGGUCACUGUGAAACUUUUAAGGGUAAAGAGUUUGACUUUCGAGUAACUUCUGCAGAAUCUCGAAAUACUGAUGCCCACACUUCCAAAGCCCACAAGGAAAUAGAUUCUCCUGACGAGAGAUUACAGCAAACAGACACUAAUGGUUCUUGGUGUUUGUCAGCUUCUCCACAUAAGCAUAAAGUGCUUGGGAUGGAUGGUUACAUCCACGAAACUUAUUAUGAAGGUGAAAUUUCCUUAUCUGCUGACAAACCUGUGGGCAUAGAUGCAAUGACUGACAAAAGUUAUCUACAGAAGGAAGAUUGUGGUGGUGGAAAACAGGGUUGCAUUACUGGCUUGGUUGUUGAUGUGGAGGCAAAACCUGUGGAGUUGAUUGGCAUGACCUUCUGCAAGAAACCCCCAACAGCAGAUUGGAAUGAUGGAGCAACUGAAAAUGUUACACAUUUACCUACUACCCAACAUUCCCCUUCUCUUUUUAAUGAGGAAAAUUGUCAGGGAACAUCAGGGAGAGCUUUGGAUGAGGUUCUCCCAUUUUUCUCAAGGGGCUGCGAAGAAGAGAAGGAAAUUCAAAACAAGUUCCUGGGAAAUAACAACUCUAAUUUUCAUCAAGAAGCUGCCUUGGGAGUCCCUAUUCACUAUCAAAAUAAUGGCUCUUUCUUGUACCUGUUAACGCCUGUAUCUUCACCCCCUUCUCCAGAAUCUGUAUAUAGGUGGCUGUCAUGUGAUGAAGGAAGUCAUAGACAGAGUAAUGCAGUAUCAUCAGAGUCUCCAUCUUUAGCAGGCUCUACCGAGUGUCUGAUUGCUUCAGAAAACUCUUCUCCUGUUAAUUGUAAUGAGGCUUUGACCGAAUCUAGUUCUAAAUAUCACAUGACAUCAAUGUUGGAACAAGGGCAUCCAGAGAAGAAUAUGGUCCUUGGUUCAGAAGUGAAGUCUUGCAGUAAUGAGUCGAGAACACCAUGUCGAAGUGAGGAAAAUAUUAGGACAGUCAAUGCAUGCGCUGAUGGCUCACAGGAUAUGUCUCAGAUUUCAGGCCCAGAUGGAAAAUCCAGGCCCACUCCACUAAGUCAAAUAGGAUUUCGAGAUCCUGCAAGUGUUGGUGCUGGGCAACAGCUUACAUUGUUAAGCUUGGAGGUUCACACAGAAUCUAGAGGAGACCUUCUACCUGAUCCUCGAUUUGAUGCUGUCAAUGUUGUAGCUCUAGCAAUUCAGAAUGACAAUGAUUCUGUAACUGAAGUUCAUGUGCUGUUGUAUAGUAAAACUGGAUUCUAUCAGAGGAAUCUUGAUGGAAUAUCUGGGUUUAACGUUUUUGUUUUCUCUGAGGAGAAGAACUUAUUUGGUCAGUUUAUGAAGAUUUUAUGUUCUCUUGAUCCUGAUAUUUUAAUGGGUUGGGAUGUGCAAGGUGGUUCUCUUGGUUUUCUAGCUGAAAGAGCUGCAUAUCUCGGUAUAGGAUUGCUUAACAAAGUAUCAAGGGCACCAUCUGAAACCAAGAUAAAAGCUAAAGAAACUAACAUUUCUCAAAAUGGUUCACAGGAAGAACUGCUGUCUAAGCCAUUGAUUGCUGAUUCUAUUGUGAUGGAAGAUGCAAUAAUAGAGGAUGAAUGGGGCCGAACACAUGCCAGUGGUGUCCAUGUUGGUGGUAGAAUUGUCCUCAAUGUCUGGCGGUUAAUGCGUGGUGAGGUUAAACUUAACAUGUAUACAGUUGAAGCUGUAGCUGAAUCUGUUUUGAGGCAAAAAAUUCCAUCAAUUCCUUAUAAAGUAUUGACAAAAUGGUUUUCAAGCGGUCCUGCGCGAGCAAGGUACAGAUGUGUUGAAUAUGUGGUUGAAAGAGCAAAGCUGAAUCUGCAGAUAAUGAAUAAACUUGAUAUGAUAAAUCGAACAUCAGAACUUGCUCGUGUUUUUGGCAUCGACUUCUUUUCUGUCCUCUCUCGAGGUUCACAGUUUCGUGUUGAAUCCAUGUUUCUGAGGCUGGCACAUACACAGAAUUAUCUUGCUAUUUCUCCUGGAAACCAACAGGUUGCUUCUCAACCUGCAAUGGAGUGUUUGCCUCUUGUGAUGGAACCUGAAUCUGGUUUCUAUGCAGAUCCAGUUGUUGUGUUGGACUUUCAAUCUCUUUAUCCAUCCAUGAUAAUUGCCUACAACCUUUGCUUUUGCACAUGCCUUGGAAAAAUUGCAAAUUCUAAAGUAAAUACCCUUGGGGUUAGUUCAUAUGCGCCAAAUCCAAAUGUUUUGCAGAAUCUAAAAGGUCAAGUGCUGCUUACUCCAAAUGGUGUUAUGUAUGUGCCUUCAAAGGUACGCAAAGGAGUGCUGCCUCGCUUACUGGAGGAAAUACUAUCAACUCGAAUAAUGGUGAAACAAGCAAUGAAGAAGUUGACUCCUUCACAGCAAGUUCUUCAGAGGAUAUUCAAUGCAAGACAGAUUGCUUUGAAGCUGAUAGCAAAUGUAACGUAUGGCUAUACUGCUGCUGGGUUUAGUGGUCGCAUGCCUUGUGCUGAGCUUGCAGACAGUAUUGUUCAAUGUGGUCGUAGUACACUUGAAAAAGCUAUUUCUUAUGUAAAUGCACAUGAAAAAUGGAGGGCUAAUGUUAUAUAUGGUGACACUGAUAGGUAUGUAGUCAAACCUGUGACUGCAUUAGGGAUGAAAAUCAUGUUUGUCCUCCUUAAGGGGCGCACAGUUAAAGAAUCAUUCAAAAUAGGACAUGAGAUUGCAUCUGCAAUAACUGCAAUGAACCCAAAUCCAGUUACGUUGAAGAUGGAGAAAGUCUAUCACCCAUGUUUUCUCCUUACUAAGAAGCGCUAUGUUGGCUAUAGUUAUGAGAGCCCUGACCAAGUCAAACCUGUUUUUGACGCUAAAGGCAUUGAGACAGUUCGCAGGGAUACUUGUGGUGCUGUUGCCAAGACAAUGGAACAGUCACUAAGACUCUUUUUUGAACAUCAGGAUAUACCAAAGGUUAAAGCAUAUUUGCAUCGUCAAUGGACAAGGAUUUUGUCUGGCAGGGUGUCUCUUCAGGAUUUUGUUUUUGCAAAAGAAGUUCGCUUAGGAACAUACAGUACAAAAGUAGGUUCACUCCCACCAGCAGCAAUUGUGGCAACUAAAGCAAUGAGAGCAGAUCCGAGGGCAGAGCCACGCUAUGCAGAGCGAGUACCCUAUGUUGUAAUCCAUGGAGAGCCUGGGGCUCGCCUGGUUGACAUGGUGGUGGAUCCAUUAGAACUUUUAGCUAUUAAUUCCCCAUACAGAUUAAAUGAUUUGUACUACAUCAACAAACAGAUAAUCCCAGCACUGCAGAGGGUAUUCGGGCUAGUUGGUGCUGACUUGAACCGGUGGUUCUCAGAAAUGCCUCGCCUAGCCAGGGAAGCUUUUGGUAAAUGCAGUGUACAUGCUCUAAAUCCACAGCGGACUAGAAUUGAUUAUUAUUAUCUUUCAAAACACUGUAUACUCUGCGGUGACUUGGUCUAUGCAUCAGCCCAUCUAUGUGGUAAAUGUUCAGAAAACGAAACUGCAGCUGCUACAGCUAUAGUUGGGAGGACUUCAAAAUCAGAGAGAGAGAUGCAACACCUUGUCGCUAUAUGUCGGCACUGUGGGGGAGGGGACUGGCUUGUGGAGAGUGGGGUGAAGUGCAAUUCACUUGCGUGCUCAGUCUUCUACGAGAGGCGUAAAGUUCAGAAGGAACUACAAGGUCUUUCUGCAGUUGCCACCGAUAAAGGUUUGUACCCGAAAUGUAUGGUGGAGUGGUUUUAAACACAUUUCUUCACACAAGAAAUAGGAAGGAUAGUUUGUGUUUUAUAGGUUAAAAUUUAUGUUUUGUAAGGUAUGUAAUUAGUGUUUGUUUAUUGUUGUUGUACAGUUUUUAAAAAAUUUGAACAUUUUAUAACUCAACAAAUAACAAUAAUAAUAAUAAAUUUUUUAAUUAUA